AGUUCACCUCUGCUCCCUGAGGUCCCCGUAAGCCCAGAAGCUGAAGUCUGGUCUUGGGCAACCCCACCCUCUCCGCGGCUGUGAUUGGCCCUUCAGUUUCACCUCCCCAAAGAGGUUCUUGGGAAGCUCUCCAGUACAGGGUUAAAUUUCAGGAGGCUGCAAAGCACAGACGAGAAAGGCAAGGCAACUCAAACUUGAAGACAUGAAAUCCCCAAGGAGAACCACUUUGUGCUUCAUGAUUAUCGUGAUUUUUUCUUCCCAAGCUACACUGAACUUGAAUUUAGAGUCUAUUGUUUAUCCUUUGCUUCUCCAUGAACAUGAACUAUCAGGGGAGGACCCAGUAAGGCAAAAACGAGCUGUUGCCAUGAGCAGUCCUGCAGCCCAAGAAUUCACUGUCGGUGUUGAGGUCAGUUUUGAAGAUGCCUCCUUCCUGGAGCCUGGCAAAGCUUACUUGAAUAGCCUCAGUUUUCCAGUUCAAGGGGAUGACACUGGCCCAGCUACCAACAUUUUGAGCAUUGAGGUGGCUACAGUCUGCAGACCCACUGGAAGUGAAAUCUGGUGCUCCUGUGAGAAAGGCUAUAAGUGGCCUCAGGAAAGGUGCCUCCGCAAUCUCACUUGUCAAGGGCAUGAUGGCUCCCCUUCAGGGCAUCAUCGCAGUUGCCUUGAGGGACUGCCUCCCAAGGGACCUUUUUGCCAGCUCCAGGGAGCAGAUAUUACCCUGCGAAUGUCGGUCAGACUCAAUGUGGGCUUUCAAGAAGAACUCAGGAACUCUUCCUCUGCCCUCUAUAGGUCCUACAAGACUGACUUGGAAAUAGCGUUCUGGAAGGGUUAUAGUAUUUUACCAGGCUUCAAAUUGGUGACAGUGACAGAGUUCAGGCCUGGAAGUGUGGUUGUGGUGUAUGAAGUCACGACAGCAGCAGCAUCACCUGAAUUAAUGCGCAAAGCAAACGAGCAAGUAACACAGAACCUCAAUCAGACCUACAAGAUGGACAGCAAUUCCUUCCAGGUUACUUACAGCAAUGAAACGAAGUUCUCCAUCACCCCAGAAAUCAUCCUCGAAGGGGAUACAGUAACUCUGAUGUGUGAGAACGAAGUUUUGUCCUCCAACGUAUCCUGGCAGCACGUGGAAACAGGCUUCGACAUCCAGAACAGCAGCAGAUUCUCCAUCUACACCUACGUGCUCAACAACAUGACCUCCGUGUCUCGCCUCACCAUUUACAACAUCACUCAGGAUGACGCGGGUGAAUAUAUUUGCAAACUGACAUUAGAUAUUUUUGAAUAUGGGUCCAGAAAAAAAAUAGAUGUUACGUCCAUCCGGAUUUUGGCAAAUGAAGACAUGAAGGUGAUGUGUGACAACAAUCCUGUAUCUUUGAGCUGCUGCAGUGAGAUGGCGGUGAAUUGGAGUCAAGUUGAAUGGAAGCAAGAGGGAACUAUAAGCAUUCCAGGAAGCCCUGAAACAGACACAGACCCUGGCUGCAGCAGAUACACCCUCAUGGCCGAUGGCACUCAGUGUCCGAGCCGAUUAUCUGGAACGACAGUGAUCUACACGUGUGAGUUCAUCAGCGCCCACGGAGCCAGAGGCAGUAAAGACAUAAAAGUGACAUUCAUCUCUGUGGCCAACCUAAAAAUAACCCCGGACCCAAUUUCUGUUUCUGAGGGACAAAGCUUUUCUAUAAAGUGCAUCAGUGAUGUGAGUAGCUAUGAUGAGGUGUACUGGAACACUUCUGCUGGAAUUAAAAUAUACAAAAGGUUUUAUACCACGAGGAGGUAUUCUAAUGGAGCAGAGUCGGUGCUGACAGUCAAGACCUCGACCAGGGAGUGGAACGGAACCUAUCACUGCAUAUUUCGAUACAAGAAUUCAUACAGUGUCAUGGCCAAAGAUGUCACCGUCCACCCGCUGCCCCUAGAGCCUGAUAUCAUGGUUGAUCCUUUGGAAGCUGUCAUUCCAUGCACAAGCUCCCGUCACAUCAAGUGCUGCAUUGAGGAGGACAGAGACUACAAGGUCAUUUUCCAAGCUGGUUCCGCGUCCUUUCCGGCUGCAAAAGAAGUUAAUGGAAAGCAAGUGUGCUACAAACACCAUUUCGUGGCAAACUCAAUUUCCUGUCCAGAAAAUAUGGAUGUGUUUUGUCAUAUUACCAAUGCUGCUAAUAAUUCAGUCCGGAGCCCAUCUAUGAAGCUUUAUCUGGUUCCUGGGGAGAACAUCACAUGCCAAGAUCCUAUCAUAGGUGUUGGGGAACCCGGAAAAGUCAUCCAGAAGCUUUGCCAGUUCUCUAAUGUUCCCAGAGUCCCUGGGAGUCCCAUUGGCGGGGUCAUAACUUACAGAUGUGUGGGCUCCCAGUGGAAGGUCAAGAAAAACGACUGCAUCUCUGCCCCAAUAAAUACUCUGCUCCAGCUGGCUGAGGCUUUGAUGAAGAGCCCUUCUCAGGAUGAGAAACUCCCUUCAUACCUAAAGAAUCUUUCCAUUAGCACAAACCAGGUGAAACUUGAAGUCAACUCAUUUCCUGGGAGCCUGGGAGCCAUUAUUAACAUCCUUGAUUUGCUCUCAACAGUUCCAACCCAAGUGAAUUCAGAAAUGAUGAUGCACGUCCUCUCCACGGUCAACGUCAUCCUCGGCAAACCCAUUUUGAAUACCUGGAUGACGUCACAACAGCAAAAGACCAAUCAGAGCUCACAGUUACUGGAUUCAGUGGAAAGAUUUUCCCGAGCCUUGCGGUCAGAAGAUAGCACCAUCUCCCAACCUAAUGUUCAGAUGAAGAGCAUGGUCAUAAAAUCUGGCCACCCCAAAUCCUACACACAGAGCUUUGUUUUCUUAGACUCUGACCUCUGGGGCAAUGUGACCAUUGAUGAAUGCCAGCUGGAACACGUACAACCAGAUUCAUUUAUCGUCACUGUGGCUUUCCCAACUCUCAAAGCCAUCCUCGCCCAGGACCUUCCAGGAAAGACUUUUGCAAACAGCUUGGUCAUGACAACCACUGUCAGCCACAAUAGAACCACGCCAUUCAGAAUUUCGAUGACUUUCAAAAUCAACAACCCUUCGGGCGGGGUACCAAGGUGUGUCUUCUGGAACUUCAACCUCGCCAACCGCACGGGGGGUUGGGACAGCAGUGGGUGUUACGUUAAAGAAGUCACCGAGGACAGUGUGUCCUGCAGCUGUGACCACCUCACAUCAUUCUCCAUCCUCAUGUCGCCUGAUUCUCCAGACCAUGAUUCUCUCCUGAAAAUACUACUGGAUAUCAUUUCCUACAUCGGGCUGUGCUUUUCCAUCUUGAGCUUGGCAGCCUGCCUCGCUGUGGAAGCCGUGGUGUGGAAAUCGGUCACGAAGAACCGGACUUCCUCCAUGCGCCACAUCUGCAUCGUGAACAUUGCCGCCUCCCUUCUGGUCGCCGACGUCUGGUUCAUCGUGGCCGCCGCCAUCCACAACUACCGCUACCCACUCAACCAGACGGCCUGUGUGGCCGCCACCUUCUUCAUCCACUUCUCCUACCUCAGCGUCUUCUUCUGGAUGCUGACUCUGGGCCUCAUGCUCUUCUACCGCUUGGUUUUCAUCCUGCAUGACACGAGCAAGUCCAUUCAGAAGGCUAUUGCGUUUUCUCUCGGCUACGGUUGUCCUCUGGUCAUCUCCGUCAUCACGGUGGGGGCCACCCAGCCCCGGGAGGUCUACACAAGGAAAAACGCCUGUUGGCUCAACUGGGAGGACACCAAGGCCCUGCUGGCGUUCGUUAUCCCAGCACUGAUCAUUGUGGUGGUCAACGUGACCGUCACGGUCGUGGUCAUCACCAAGAUCCUGAGACCUUCCAUCGGGGACAAGCCAAGCAAGCAGGAAAAAAGCAGCCUGUUCCAGAUCACCAAGAGCAUUGGGGUCCUCACACCUCUCUUGGGGCUCACCUGGGGUUUCGGUCUCGCCACCGUGUUCCAGGGGAGCAAUGCUGUGUUCCAUAUUGUAUUUACCCUCCUCAAUGCCUUCCAGGGAUUAUUCAUUUUACUCUUUGGAUGCCUCUGGGAUCAGAAGGUACAGGAAGCCUUGCUGAAUAAGUUCUCACUGUCGAGAUGGUCUUCACAGCACUCAAAGUCAACAUCCCUAGGUUCAUCUACUCCCAUAUUUUCUAUGAGUUCUCCAAUAUCAAGAAGAUUUAACAAUUUGUUUGGUAAAACAGGAACAUACAAUGUUUCCACCCCGGAAAUAACCAGUUCAUCCCUGGAAAACACAUCCAGUGCUUAUUCAUUGCUCAACUAAGAACAGGAAGAUCCAGCCCAUGGAACCUCUUGGGGAACACUGGACGUUCUCUGAAAAAGAGAUUGUUUCCAAGCCAUGGAUAAAAUGUUUUCUCCACAGGCUUCAGGAAGCAGAUGCUGAAGAGACUUUUUCAUUAGGGAAGGGGCUUUCUUUUGUAAAUACAGACUAAAAGGAAUUGUUACAUUCAUAUUGCAGCCCUACCCCCACCCCUUGUGUGAUACAGAAUGUGUAUAGUAUUUAAGUGAAACUCAAGCCAACUUCUCUGUCUAUAUUGUAAAAUAGAAUUUCAGAGACAUUUUUACUUUUCACACCCUGGGCCCAAAGAUAAGCUUUGAUUAAAAUAAUAAGUGAAAGGCUAGGACCUAGAAAAUACUUCAGUGAAUUCUAGGAAGGAAGGAAGGAAGGCAAGAAGAAAGGAAGAAAGAAGGGAGGGAUGGAGGAAACUAGAAGGAAAAGAAAAAAAUAGAGAACAACAUAAGGACCACAUUUUAAGAUUUCCAUGUUAAUGAACUAAUACAGUUGCUUCUCAGGUGCUGCAACACUGAAAAUUCAAAAAUGACUCCAAAAUAGAAAUUGAAAAUUAGCUGUGGAGAAACUUCAAUAUCUUCCUGGUAUUUCCUUAAUUAAGAGGGACCAAAAAAAAAACCAAAGGCAAUGAAAAAAUUAGGGAGGAAAUUAUAACAAAGAUGCUUUCAAGUGGAUGAUAAUAUUUACAAGAAUUUCAUAGAAGAAGACAUGAUUCUCCUGAUGCUAAACACAUAC